UCUGAGAAAUAAUAUCCUCUUGCACCAGGAAGUACAGCCUGUGCGCGAUUUGCUCGGAGGGCCCGACCUCCUGUCCGCGACUGGUCCGCAGUUUGCCAUGGGUAUCUUUAAGGACUGUUCCAUAGUUCUGGAACUGAAAAAUCUACCAAUAAAGGAGAAGAACAAUCUGAAGGCCCUGAUUAAAGAAAAUGGAGGGAGUGUUUCCUAUGUGAUCAAUAAAAAGUGUACGCAUGUUGUUGCAAAUUGUUUGGACCACUUGAGUCCUAACAGGAAAAAGAGUAUUGACAAGUUCCAGAUUCCAGUUGUUACAACAAACUACAUUUUCAAAUGCUGUGAAGAAAAAAAUCUGUUGAAUGUGCAAGAAUAUACUUCUGCUGAAACCAUUCUUCAUAAACAAAGUAAAGACAAUGCAGAUGAGGUUGACAUUAUUCCACUUCUUGAUGAAUUUCCUAGAAAACCAGUGGAAAUAGUGAAAGAAAACUCUUUGGACCUUUUCAGAAUUUACACAGAAAAUGAACCCAAUUUACCAAAGUUUUCCUCUGAAUUUGAAGUUGCAAAAUAUGCUGUUCUGCUUAAGACAACUGGAAGUGAAAUAUCACUUGCUAUAAUAGAGGUUCAGUGUGCAACAGAAACUCAAUGGUGUCCUUUCCGUGUAACUUGCCAUAGUGGAGAACUUCAAAAUGAACAGGUCAAGAGGAAGAAGAAAGAGCUGAUUUUUUCUUCCACUUCAGAAGUAGCUUUGAGAUCAUUUGGAUUCUUCAUGAAGAAUCUUCAAAAAGUUGGAUUUCUUUUGCAGAAAAAGUUACCAGCUGCUGUGAAAUUAUUGGCUUCUGAAAAACUGCAAAAGCUGCUACUUGAAGAAGCCUUGAGCAGCAGUAUUAUCUCUCAAGAAGUAGGAGUUUUUGUUGAACUGAUUUGGACAGCAGCACAUGGAUGCCUUAAUGAAGUGCUUUCUUGUCCCAUCGACCGUAUCAGCCCAAAUGAUGUAAUCAGGGCAGAAGGGGUUCUUCAUCGUGCACGAAAAGCUAUGGAAAAUAGUUGUAGUUUUUUUGACCUGAAUAUCAUCAUGUCUGAGUUCUUCCGUAUUAUCCCACAUAAAUGUAUUGCUGAACCAUCUAUCAACAUGAGGACAAUUUCACAGAAGCAGGACCUAUGUCAGUUAAUUAGAGAUAUUGUCAAUGUAAGUGAAUCCACUUUCUGGAGCCGUACACCUUCAUCACUUGCCAAAUACCGAGCCCUGAGGUGUAGCAUUGAACAUAUAGAACCAGAAACAGAAGAAUACUUUAACCUUACAGAACUUUUAAGACCACAUGCUAAAAGUUAUCUUCCAGUGACUCUUCACCGUAUUUUCCACAUUAGUAGAGUGGAUGAAAUGCUUGACUUCCAGAGAAAGCUCGACAAUGUGCAGCUUCUGUUUCAUGCAUCUUCCUUGAGCAAAUUUGUUGGUAUUCUGUCUCGUGGUUUGCUGUUGCCAAAGGUAGCAGUUGAACAACAUGGAAUUGCUAGAACAGAUAUUGGUAAUCUUGGAAGUGGCAUAUACUUCAGCAAUGACAUAAGAACAGCCAUGAAAUAUUCAUCACCUAAUGAAAUAGAUGGAACAUACAUACUGGUGGUUUGUGAAGUGGCACUGGGUCUGUGCAAGCAACUAACCCAGAAAGAUUGUACUUUGACAAGUGCACCAGGUGAAUACCACAGUGUGCAUGGAGUCCGUAACACCCCACAGAAACCCACUGAAUUUGAGGAUGAUGAGUUUGUUGUAUAUAAUACCAACCAGAUACAAAUGAAGUAUGUGGUCCAGUUUUGUGUGGAUGAAAACGAUAUCAAUAUAUAUGAGCCACAAGUUAACCUUACUGGUGAAGAAGUCAUUCCGUAUGAGCUGGAUGCCCAAGUCACAGACACCGAUAGCAACAAGGAACAUAUAAACCCACUACUCGGGGUGACUGCGGGUCUUCAGGACAGCUCUGGAAAUCAAAUUCCUCUAGAAAGCGUUCAUAUUAAAGGUCGGAUGGUGGAUCUUCUGGCACAGGUGGUGGUUUUUCAGACAUAUACCAACCAUUCUUCAACUCCAAUAGAAGCCAAGUAUGUUUUUCCAUUGGACGAAACAGCAGCUGUGUGUGGGUUUGAAGCAUUCAUUAAUGGAAAACAUGUAAUAGGAGAGGUUAAAGAGAAAGAAGAAGCAAGACAAGAGUAUCAGCAAGCAAUUAGAGAGGGUCAUGGAGCUUACCUUAUGGACCAAGAUGCACCUGAUGUGUUUACAAUUAGUGUUGGAAAUCUCCCACCAGAAGCUACAGUUCUUAUCAAGAUCACGUAUAUAACUGAACUUUCUGUGAAUUUUGGAUUAAUCAGUUUCCGGUUACCAGGAAGUGUGGCACCAUGGCAACAGAGCAAAGCCUUAAAUGAAAAAACACAGGACACAUUAGAGAAAGUUAAAGUUAGUGAAUUUCAGAAGGAAGGGGGAUUUAUGUUGGAUAUGUCUGUUGAAAUGCCAUAUGAAAUCCAAGAGAUCUGGUCUGAAACACACAAUAUUGAUCUUAAGAAAACAGAGUGUAAAGCUGUCAUUAGAACCAAGGAGGGCAGCUCUUUAGGAUCUGAUGGUUUCAGCCUCAGUGUUCGCGUGUAUGAAUUAUACCUGCCUAGGAUGUGGGUAGAGAAGCAUCCUGACAAAGAGAGUCAGGCUUGCAUGUUAGUAUUUUGCCCAGCAUUUGACUCCAACAGCUUGCCUGAAGGUAGUGAAGUUCUGAUCCUCUUGGACAAUUCCAAUUCCAUGAAAGGGUCAAAGCUGCAGGAGGCCAAACGAAUUGCAGUCCUGGCCUUGGAGGCACUUGAAUGCAAGACUAAUGUUAUCAUGUUUGGAACAGAUUAUAAUGAACUGUUUUCCUAUCCAGAGGAUAUUCAUACUGGCCUUGCUGCUGCUAAAACAUUUAUACUUGGUACAUCAGAAUUAAUGGGUAACACUGAUCUGUGGAGACCUUUGCGCAAUUUAAGCUUAUUACCUCCAUCAAAAGGUCUUCGUAACAUACUUUUGAUUUCUGAUGGACACAUACAAAAUGAAGGACUUACCCUGAGGCUUGUUACAGAAAAUGUUUGCCAUACUAGAGUCUUUACUUGUGGGAUUGGCUCCACGGCAAAUCGGCAUAUGCUUAGAACCUUGGCUCACAGUGGAGGUGGAGCUUAUGAAUUUUUUGACACAAAAACAAAGUACACUUGGAAAGACAAGAUUGCCUCUCAGGUGAAACGAAUGGCAUCACCUGCUUGCACUUCUGUGUCUGUAAAGUGGCAGCAAUUCAAUCAACAUAACCCAAAACCUAUCCAGGCCCCAGCACAGCUGCACUCUUUAUUCAGUGAGAAUCAGUUACUCCUUUACGGGUUUGUGCCACAUUGCACACAGGCCACACUAUAUGGAAAAAUCAGCAAUCAAGAAAUUGAGACAAUGGUGUCUACCACUGAACUGCAGAAAACUAAAGGGACAAUGCUUCAUAAACUUACGGCAAGAGCUCUUAUUAGAGACUAUGAGGAAGGAAUACUACAUGCAGACGGUAUUGAGCAUGAGGCAAAGAAAUCAGAAUUAAAACCAUUCAUUAUUUCACUGAGCAAAGAAUACUCCAUAGUGACUCAAUAUACAAGCUUCAUAGCAGUUGAAAAAAGGGAUGUGGAUGAACAACAAGAUUUCAGCAAGACCAAUAUAACGGAGCUGAUCUCACAAGAAGAUAUUGACUGUUUACCCUAUUUAGGUUGGGAACAGGAUUUGAAGGCAGCUUCAAUUUUCUCUGAGGAUGACGAUGACGAUGACAUGGGAUUCGGCUUUUUUGAUGGUCCUGGCUCGGAUCGAACUCUUUUGGAAGAAGUAAAUGUAAAACUUUCCAGAAGUGAAUCUGCUGAAUAUUGUGAAAUGGAUGACGAUGACGAUGACAUGGGAUUCGGCUUUUUUGAUGGUCCUGGCUCGGAUCGAACUCUUUUGGAAGAAGUAAAUGUAAAGGAUCACGGGGGUCUGCUGGAACCAAUCCAAGCCAGCGUAAGGCGCAAGCUUUCCAGAAGUGAAUCUGCUGAAUAUUGUGAAAUGGAUCACGGGGGUCUGCUGGAACCAAUCCAAGCCAGCGUAAGGCGCAAGUUUUCCAGAAGUGAAUCUGCUCAAUAUUGUGAAACGGAUGGCUUUGUUCCGGAUUACAGGGAAAUUCCAUCAGACAUCUUUGCUUUUAAUAGAGCUGUAAAGGAAAUAAUUCCUGCAGUUGAUGGGCUUCCACUUCCUCCUCCUCCUCCUCCUCCUCCUCCUCCUCCUCCUCCCCCUGAUCUUCCAGUAGGAAUGGGAAUGUCACACAUGAUAUUGCAUGAUUUGUCAGCAGAAUGUUCAACUUCUAGGCCUCUUGAGUCUGUUCUUCUACGUCGUUUUCCUUCUGUACUAGCAAUGAAAAAAAAGUCAAAGCGGUCAAUAGCUCGUUUUGAUGAAGGUUCAGGUCGUAUGACUCAGGGUCGUUUUCAUCAGGAUGAAAGUAGAAGUUUACUAGGUGGUUUUGCCUCUGAAAGAAAUGAAAAGGGAAUAAUUUCUGCACAUGAUGAGCCUCCUCCUCCUCCUCCUCCUCCUCCUCCUCUAGUAAAAUAUGGAAUGUCACAAAUGAAAUUGUCUGGUUUGUUGGGUAUGCCUUCAGCUUCUGGGCCUCCUGCUUCUUUUCUUCCUCAUACUGUUCCUUUUGAUCUUACACGAGCAGGGGGACAAAAGUUACAAGACAGUCUGCCUCUUUCUGCUAAGGCAUGUCUACCUGCACAAGAAAUGAUUCAACCAAGUCCACCAUUACUUGGGGUUGUGGUACAUGAAGGGUUAGAGUUUCGCCCAACCUUACCUACUGCCCAGAGUAAUUUAUUUGGACAAGCAACGAUUCAACAAAGUCCCCAGAUUACUGGAAUAAUGUCCUUUGGAGAAAGACAGAUUCAACACAGUCCACCAAUUGCUAGGAGUGGGCUCUUUAAACAAACAUCGAAUCAACAAAGUUUAUUAUUUCCAAUGAUAAAAUCAACCUUUCAACAACCCUUACCGGCUUCCCAGAGUCCAUUAUUUGGACAAGCCAUGAUUCAACCAAGUGGCAUGUAUGCUGGGGGUAAGGCACUUCAGCGUGAAUCGAUUCAACAAAGUCAGUCAUUUACAAGAUAUAUGUCACCUGUACAACCAGUACUCAAUUCAAGUCUGCCUGCUUUUGGAAUGAGGCAUGAUACAGGUUUUUUCCAUGGAUUUGGUGCUUCUGCAAAUAAAAUGUCGAAAUCUACUGCAUCCUCAUACUGUCUCCCAAAGUUUAUGCACACUGAUCCUCAAACAGCUGCUGUGAAAGCACAAAGAAGAAGACAGGAUAUGGUAUCUUGGGCAAAUAUAUUUCAACUCCAGCACGUGGAUGGCUAUUGGGAAGCUACUUCAGAACUAGGAGCCUUACUAGAUGUCAACAUGGAUUAUUUUGCCAAUGUUUUCCUGAAAGAAAAGGGAAUCAUGUCUUUGGGUUUGAAAGCAAAGGAAAAUAUCCUAAGACUCCUUGCCACGCUUCUAGUGAUUCAGCUCAUACGCUACACCAUGCAACUGAACGGCAUUGUCCUGAAGUCUCUCUUCCAGCUGGAGCAUAACAAAGAUGAGAGUUCACCUUAUCUGUUAUCUGUGGAGAAAGCAAUCAAGUGGGCUAAAGCAGCAGACAAACGCUAUCCAUGCAUUUGCAGUAGACUUCAGAUUGGAAGAGAUAUGGAAACAACAACACGACAGCUCUUGAACAUUGACCCAAUAAAGGAAAACUCCCCAUUAUGGUUGUUUAUCACCAAGCAGUCUAUAAGUAGGAUAAACAUGCCAUUUAAAUUUGGAAACUCCACCAUUUUUGGAACUGCUUAUCAGCAGUCAUGGCUUGGUAUGGGAAAUGCAUUAGGUGGUUUCAGUUUUUAAACAUUGGCAUAAUGCUUCUUAGAGUUAGAAAUGUUUAUCUUUCUUAUGGUAUAUUUUAAGUCAAAAUGCGCUAGAAUUGUCAGCCUAUGUGAAUUCUGUGUUUUUAUCUCUUAUUUUAAUUGGUUAACUUUAUUUAGGGUGUCUAUAAAGUCCUGGAGCAAUUUGAAUUUUUAAUAAACUUGUAUAAAGAAUCUAUAAAAAUGUAACAGAGAGGAAAUUUAUUAAGCUUAUAACAUAAUUAAAGAUUGCAAUAUAAAUCCACUGUCAGAUAAGAUUUUUUUUGAGCUCCGACACUGAUCAAAAGGAUUAUCUUAGUUUUUAGAGUGACAUUUUGUGAGUAAACCUCAGUUUUAACUUGACCCCACAGAGCAAAAUGUCAUAGAAUCAAAUGCAGACGUCAGACAAGUUAGUCAGAGAAGGUAACCGUCUCCUCUUUAAUCAAAGUCAUUCAGUAUAGAGUGGAUUUUAAUAUCUCUAAAAAUAACAGAAGGAAGAUAAAAUAGUCGUCAACAACUGUAUGAAAAUCUUGAAAACAUUUCCCCCAUGUUGUAAUUUACAGCUGUUUAUGUCAGUGACUUUAUAGAAAUGUAUUAGGACGUGCAUAUACAGUAUAGGAGGACAUCUUUUUAACAUACCAUUGAAUAGGGUGCAAAUACAGCUUGGAACAAAGUGAUGUUCAAGUAUUUUUCAAAAAUAGCCAUCAGGAGACAUGGUUACUUGAGCUGUGCUGAUGAAGUUAUCUUUGGACAAAGAAGGCAUUUAUAAUUUACACUGUGCUAACAAUAUGCAUGGUGACAAAAAGUAUUCAUUUGCACUUUGUCCUCUGCACCCAUGGAGAUUCAGUGCUGUGCUAGUGUGUUCUUUUCUUCACACUUUGCAAAGAAAGUAUAUUACAAUUGUUGCUUUCAUUAUUCUCUGGAUAUUUACACAUUUUUUAAAAUGCUUUUGUCUUGUUUUGAACUAAUUAAUCUUCCAUGAUAAUGUGUCCUUUCGUCUACAUCUGUUUGGUCAGAGUGAUGAUUAUUAAAGUAGCCAAAAGCAAGAAUGGCUUUGUGUCUUCACCCAUUGUGUGUUUUUGUUUACAAAAUCACCACUGAGCCUAGAAUAUCCUCACCCUGGACGCAAGUGGUAAGUUGUUGGCACAAGAUUUGUUCAGGCGUAUGUAUUGUUUGAGCCAAAGUACUACACUUGGUGACACAGAGAGAUUAUGAUUGUGCUACUGACCUUUUCCCGAUUUAUUAUAUGCUCUAUUUACGUCUUAAACCGAAGAAUACUUGUAUGUAAAAGUGCAAUAAAAAUGAGACACACAAUGA